GCCAAGUUUUGAAUACUAUGAGUAAAUGACAAGAUCAUUAUAGUGACGGCAAAAUGAUUGUAAGCAGAAUCAAACAAGCUUGUGUUAGGAAAUUAUUCACUUUGCAUCAGACCUCAAAUCCACUGGCACUUAUAGCCCAUCAUAGUAGGACAAUUCAUAAUGGCUCUUCCAGAGACCAGCACACGCAGGCUUCAUCAUUUGAAGGGGCUGUUAGAGAGUUUGAUUUCCCAUUUGCAAGAGCAAGGCUAGGAACCUUUGUGCAAGAGGCGCCUGUACUUGGGAACCAGUACCUUGAAGAUGCUUUACUCCAGUCCUAUUUAAAGAGAUAUGUACCACAAAAGGUAUUGGUAGAUAUAGAAGCAGAUUUAGUUAGAUUUGGUGAGAGAGUUGCCACGGAGAUGUACGAUCUCAGUUUACAAUGUGAAAAGGAACAGCCAUAUGUUGAAAAAUUCACAGGCUGGGGAAAACUUGUGGAUAAGCUGGUAACAGGGCCGGCAUGGAGAAAGAUGCAUGACAUCUCUGCUGAAGAAGGUCUUAUAGCUAUAUCUUAUGAAAGGAAAUAUGAUGAGUACAGCCGUUUAUAUGGUUUGGUGAAGAAUUAUCUUAAUACACCAAGUUCUGGGCUGUAUUCUUGUCCCCUGGCAAUGACGGAUGGUGCUGCUAAAAUAAUUGAGGGUUUGAAGGAGGAAGCACCCUGGUUAAUGGACAAGGCUUACCCUAGACUGACCAGUAGGGAUCCUGCCCUGUUUUGGACCUCUGGGCAAUGGAUGACAGAAAAACGUGGUGGCUCAGAUGUUGCUAAUGGUACAGAAACAGUGGCUGUAGAACAGAGUGAUGGUACGUACAAACUUUACGGUUACAAGUGGUUCUCCUCAGCCACUGAUGCUGAUAUUACAUUUACCCUAGCGAGAGUCGUUGAUAGACAAGGAAACACCAUCCAGGGAACCAAAGGGUUAUCCCUAUUUUACAUGGAGGUUCACAAUGAAGAUGGGUCCCUAAAUAAUAUAGAGAUUGUUAGGUUGAAGAAUAAGCUGGGAACCAGGCAGCUGCCGACAGCAGAGUUACUGCUAGACGGAUGUACAGCAUUUAAAGUGUCAGACAGUGGGAGGGGUGUGUCAGUCAUAACUAACAUGUUGAAAAUAAGUAGGAUACAUACUUCAAUAAUGGCCAUUGGAUCAUUACGGCGAAUGGUGAAUUUAUCUAGAGACUACAGCACCAGAAGGUCAGCCUUCGGUAACAAGUUGAAAAACUAUCCCCUACAUAUACAGACACUGGCUAGGAUGGAGAUUGAAAGCAGGGGAGCUGUAAUACUUUGUUUAGAAAACAUGAGGUUGCUGGGUAGGGAGGAUGUUGGUAUAGCAACAGAUGAUGAGAAGAAUUUAUUGAGAUUGCUUGUACCACUGUCUAAACUGUAUAGUGGAAAACAGGCAUUACAAGUGGGUACUGAAGGACUAGAGAGUUUUGGUGGACAAGGAUACAUUGAAGACACCGGAAUUCCUGCUAUACUUAGAGAUGCUCAAGUGCUUUCAAUAUGGAGGGAACAACUAACAUUCUGUCAUUGGACGUACUACGCGCCAUCGCAAAGACCAAAGGUCAGGUUCUUGCGUCAUUUAGUAAAGACAUAAAUGAUCGAAUGUUAGGACUGAAGAACGAAACUCUUGCACCUUCAGCAGCUAAGGUUCUGGAUGCCAACAAUGCCAUCAUUAAGUUUGUACAGGACAAUGCAACAAAACAAGAUGUUAUGGAAAUGGCAGCAAGGGAUCUGGCUUUCAGUUUAUGUAGAACUUAUACAGGAGCACUUCUUGUUGAUCAUGCUUGCAGUAAUGUUAGUACACCACAGGAUGUUUAUGUUGCUCAAAGAUGGUGUGAGAAAGAUUUAUCAUUAGUUAAAACCAAUGCACAACUAGGACAGUAUAGCGGUGACUCAACCAAGAAUGAUUUUGAUCUGGUGUAUGAUUGUUACCAUGAGGGCGAUAGACUGUAAAAUUACAAAAACUUGAUCAGCCUGCAAAAAUGUGUUCCCAUGAACAUUAUCAACAUUGAUUUACAAAAAAUUGACUGUGAUUUACAAUGAUAUCAGCCUGUGAUUAUUGUUGUUUUUAGCUCGACUUUUCUAUGAAAAGGGGAGCUAUCCUACUCGCCCCGGCGUCGGCGUCGGCGUUAGCGUUGGCGUCACACCUUGGUUAAGUUUUUCGUACCACCCCACUUUAUUUCAGAAGUAUUACAAGUAUGGCUUUGAAACUUACCAUACUUGUUCACCAUCAUAACCUCCAUCUACAGACAAGAGUACAUAACUCUGUCAAGGUUUUUGACAGAAUUAUGGCCCUUUUUUGACUUAGAAAGUGUAUUGAGCUUGGUUAAGUUUUUUGUACCACCUCACUUUAUUUCAAAACCAUUGGAGGUAUUGCUUUGAAACUGACCAUACUUGUUUACCAUCACGACCUUCAUCAACAGACAAGAGGACAUAACUCUGUCAAGGUUUUUGACAGAAUUAUGCCCCUUUUUGACUUAGAAAAUACAUUGAAUAUGGGUAAAAUCCACUUAUUGCCUUAACCCUUUGAGAUAUUGCUUUGAAACUUUUAAUGCUAUUUCACAUCAUUACCCCCAUCUGUACGCAAGAGAAGGUAACUCUGUCAAGGAUUUGUUUUAAAAAUUAAGGCCUUUUAUCGACUUAGAAUCUUGGUUAAGUUUUUAGUACCAGUCCACUUUUUGACUGAACUGUUUGAGAUAUUAAUUUGAAAGUUGGAAUACUUGUUUACAAUCAUGAUUCCCAAACAUGUCCAGGAGAAGGUAAUUCUGUCAAAGAUUUUAUUUGAAUUAUGGCCCUUAACUGUCAAUGUUUUGUAUUAUAGGCAAGCACUAAAAAACUUAAAAAAUCUAAAAAAAUUCAUUCCUAUCCACUUGUUCACUUUACCAUAAAUUAUGUCAUAUAAACAUUGCUGUAAUAUUCAAGGGUAUCAAACAACUAGUUCACUUUAAAAAUACAGAGAUUCUUGUAUUGCCUUUUACUGGCAAGCAAUAAAAAAGUCGAG